AUGUGCAAAACGUUUUACCGAUAUUUUCUGAUUACGGGAACGAGUUUUGGUUUGUGUAGUGGUCUGUACCUGUUAUGUCUGACCAAAUGGUUGUGGCCAUACCCUAUCCAUGAUUACACAGCGGGAGGUUGGGAUUGGAGAGACGUUCCCCUGUACUCCGGAUUAAUAGGUUUCAUAAUCUUCUCACCGGGACUAUUGAUUGUAAUCAGAGCUAAACCCAAAGAAUUACAAUAUUAUGCCGUUUUCCUAAUCAUACCGUUUUUAGUGACACUUAUUUGUCUAAUACUGCAAUUGUCGCAAAAAACUGAUUUAUUUGAUCCGACGGAUUGGUAUCUGUUUGGUGUGGCGUUAGGUCUUCUGGCGAUUAUCAUAAACUUAUUUUUGUUCGUUAAUGAAAUCAAGACAUAUGGCAAUCAUAAUCAACUCAUCCAAACAUCCAAACUCAAGGAGGAGGAGGCCGUCUGA